GUCAUCAUGUCAAGAUCCCACCCGUUUCUUUGCACUUUUGUGUAGUGCAAUGACAUUGAGAAAUCGAAAACAGAGACAUUUUGACCUUUGUUUCUCGUCCAGACCGGUCUGGCAUUCUUGUGACAGGUUCGCCAUCGCGUAUGCCAAGUCGAAAGUCUUAGACAACUAGGCGAGGGAUGAAGAGACUGGGGCAGCUCACCGAUGCACGAGUCUGGUUCGCCUUGUCCCUUGCCGACUUGGCAACAUCGACCUUGAGUAUAAGAAGAGUCGGCUAGAAUUCGCCGUUCACCAGAACUAGUUGACCUUGACUAUCAACUCCAGCCAUUACAUCUUAACAACUAGAAUUAUCAACACGAUGAAGUUUCUUCCAUCAAUCGCAAGCCUUUUGGGUACAGCAACGGCCGCGGUCGAAAUUCUGUUGCCGCUUUAUAUCUACCCAAUCAACGAUGUACAGAAGCCUUACGAUGGCACCAUGGACUGGCAAGCGGCUAUCGCGGCCAUCGACGCCCAUCCAGACUUGACCUUUAACGUCAUCAUCAACCCCAAUAGCGGCCCUCCCUUCGCUUCAGAGGCAGGUAUCAAGAUUGAUUGGGCUCAGUGGAUCGGCCAGAUCAAUGACCGUCCCAACACUGUGACCCUGGGCUACAUCUCUACCCUCGGUACAGUGCAAGCCCAGCCUCAUGACAUCGCCCUCGUCAAGCAGGGGGUCGACACCUACGCCGGCUGGGACACGACCAACGGUUGGGACGGUAACUCUUACGAUAUUCACAUGGACGGUAUCUUUUUUGAUGAGGUCAACACGGCUCCCGCUCAGCUUCAGUACUACACCGAUGUCACCAACUAUGCCAAGUCCGCUACGGGCGUGGUGGUUCUGAACCCGGGUGUUACCGUCAACCCCGCCAGCUCCUCGCUCUACACCGUGGCUGAUGCUAUCUUGUCGUUGGAAACGUGCUACACGGCUGAUUCCAAUGCGCCGCAGGACCGGUGCCCGAGAAACACGUACACGCCGUUCACGCCUGCGUCGUUGAGCUCUCUGCCGACGGAUGCGGCGCAGAGGGCCAAGUCUGCUGUCAUCGUUCACGACUUCUAUGAUGACUGGGAGCCCUACCAGCCUGCUUCUGUGGCGACUCUCCAGACGGACAUCAACGCCAUUGUUGCGCAGGGUGUGCAUAGCUUGUAUAUCACGCAGUGGGGGUAUAACGAGAGCUUCACGCGGGAGCCGGCCAGUGUCGGAACUGUCUCGAAUCUGCUGGCGCUGGCUGAAGGUCUGGCAUCUGGUGUGCCUCUGUGAACUAGGUAUAUUAUAACGUCGAAAAUCACCCCUGAUCUGGUUCUCCAGAUAUGCUAGCAGACUCACGCAAAUAGGACUUCAAUCGAAUAAUAUGAGGUUUCCAGAAGCUUACUUGCGA